CACGCAUUGCGGAUUAAUAUAAGCGCCGCCGCACUGAAUAAAAGCGGAAAAUCAAUUUUUCAGAGAUUACUCUUGAUUUUCAAACACGCCGGACCUGUUAAGAAAAUUUAUUGUACCAUGUCGGAAGCUUUUACUAAAACAGGUGAUAAGUCUCAAGACGAGAAAAUCCUGAUGCCGUACACAUACAUCCUGCAAGUACCAGGCAAACAGAUCCGCAAGAAGUUAUCCUUAGCUUUCAACUAUUGGUUACGAGUGAGUGACGACAAACUGCGAGCUAUUGGCGAGAUCGUCCAGAUGCUGCAUAAUUCCAGUCUCCUUGUGGAUGACAUCCAAGACAACUCAAUCCUUCGCCGAGGUAUUCCAGUGGCGCACUCUAUCUACGGUAUAGCGAGUACUAUUAAUGCUGCAAACUACGCAAUGAUCAUAGCACUCGAGAAGACAUUAGAAUUAGGACAUCCACAAGCGACGGCGGUGUACACGGAGCAGCUGCUGCAGCUGCACCGCGGCCAGGGUAUGGAGAUCUACUGGCGGGACAACUUCCACUGCCCCUCUGAGGAUGAAUACAAGCAGAUGACAAUCAAGAAAACGGGAGGUCUAUUCAUGUUGGCCAUCCGGCUGAUGCAACUGUUCAGUGAGAACAAGUCUGACUUCAGCCGGCUCUCCUCCAUCCUCGGUCUUUACUUCCAGAUCAGAGAUGACUACUGCAACCUCUGCUUACAAGAGUACUCAGAGAACAAGAGUUACUGCGAGGAUCUCACUGAGGGCAAGUUCAGUUUCCCCAUCGUGCACGCAAUCCGCACACAACAUGCAGACAACCAAGUGCUACACAUCCUGCGCCAGCGCACGCGGGAUGUGGAGGUGAAGCGGUACUGUGUGUCUCUGCUGGAGCGGCUCGGCAGCUUCCAGUACACCAGAGAUGCGCUCCAGGCGCUGGAUGCUGACGCCAGGGCUGAGGUCGCAAGGUUGGGAGGGAACCCAUUACUAGAGGCCCUGCUCGACGAGCUGCUCAGUUGGCGGCGGGACAAGAAGUCUGUUGGCUACACUGAGGAAUAGACUUUGACAGUUAUCUUUUACGUUGGCAACACUGUUGAGUUGUCAGAUUUUGAAUCUGACAGUUGUGUGUUACGUUGGUAAUGGAACGUUUGUAAAACAUAUUUAAUAGUGGUAUUCUACGUUCACAAUUUAUUAACUCUGA